AUGAUUUCUCCUCCGACCUAUGCGGGGCAUGGCAGAUUCCAAGCAGUCAGAGGCCGACGAGCGCAGCGCCUACUAUGGGCUUCUCUGCACCAGCAGACUCAGCGCGCAGCAGCAAGGCCUGUGGAAUGGAUGCAGCAACAGCGACAGCAGCAGCACGCGCUGAUGAGGAAUCCGUUGCCUCCCCUUCCCCGUCGUAGCAGCAGUUUCUCUCAUGUUGGUGCUUCCAUCCGCUGCAGCGCCACAGCAACCGCAGCCGACGCAUUGCAAACAGAAGGAGCAACGGCAACUGCAAGGCAACCGUACACCUUUAAGUCUGCUGCUCAUCGUGACAUGGUGGUCCUCUCAACCCGUCUGCACCUGCUGGAUUUGCUGCUGCAACGCUUUGGUCGUCUAAGGACAGCAGAAUGCUGCCUGCUCCGUGAGGCCUCUAGCACCCCGCGGCUGCUGCUGCUUUGGGCAGACCUGCUGGUGGAGAAGGAUCCGGAGCACCCUCCUGCAGACGCGUAUUUUGUGCCCCCGGAGCUAUAUCGCUUGCCAGAGGUCAAGGCUUUGCUGCAGAGGGAUAGAGAGCUGCGUUGGCUAAUGCAGCGUAUCGAUCCAAAAGGGGUUGGGGGUCGGUGUGACUUCUCAAGGGACUGCGUCCCCGUCCCCCACUUCCCGUCGGUGCUGCAGCAGGAGGUGCCGCGCUUUCCGUACGAGCCACAGCAGCUGGAAUUCCUGAGAGACACCUACGGACUGCUAAAAUGGCCCUUCAGACCGGUUCGACCCGCAGCCAGAGCAGCAGCAGCAGCAGCCGCAGCAGGUGUGGCUGCGGGCAAUGCCGAAGUGCCGCAGAUAUCACAGGCAGAGCCCACGACUGAAGGAGUUGCUGCUGCUGUUGCUGCCGUUGCUGCUGCAGUAGACUGCGGAGACGUGCGGCGUGCCAACAGCAAAGUACGGACACGCUGCUGCACGGAUGCAAUAUAUUCACCGGACGAGACAGAAACAGGUGCAUAUGUCUGGUAG